CGUUUGCUCUUCAUAUAUUUCUCUCCAUGAAAUGGUGUUCUGAAUGAAACGUUCUUCGAAUAAUCUCUCGGUGAAUAAAGAGCGAACGCUCUUUGUAAAGUUGCAGCCGUUGUAUUCCCCGCACGAAACGUACGAAUUACAUUGUCAAAUGCAGGGCUCUGAACGACUGAGAAUUAUUCCGGGCACGAGCGGAAUGAACACGUGCGACUGUUGGUUGAAUUCCUCGCGGAGAACACAUCAGAAGUUCAUGUUACAUAUUGCGCGGCUGUCGAGCGAGUUUGACCGCACCUUGAGGGUCACGGUCCACGGAUGGAGAAGGCUAGAACUUCCAUCCUGUGUGACGUGGAGUCGGUUUGCAUUUUGACCGUGGACAAU